AUGGGACAGUUUGGAGAGAACCCAAAACAAAACGUCAAAGACACAGGCAGAGAAUAUUUUGACUUAGAGGCAGGAAAAAUAUUAAUAGAUGGUUCACCAAUAGAAGUUACCUUGGCUAAACCAGUGGACAAAGACAGCUAUAUAAGAUACACCAGAGGAACAGGAGGAAGAGGAGGGUCUGUACAAGGAGAGUAUGCGUACACUAUAGGACAUGUUUACGACCCAGCUACUGCCUAUCUAGGUGCACCUGUAUUUUAUGCACCUAGUCCAGCCUAUACCGCGGCAAUUCCCAGCAUUCAUUUUCCUACUGCAAAAGGAUAUGUCAGCAAUCGCGGCCUCCUAAGACCUCCUUCAGUUAGAGAAAUUUACAUGAGUGUACCUGUAGGGGCUGCGGGAGUUAGAGGACUAGGAGGACGGGGAUAUUUGGCAUACACUGGCUUGGGACGUGGAUGUGCUGGAUACCAAGUGAAAAUAGACAAAAGGGGCGAUGAGAAACUCUAUGACAUUUUACCUGGAAUGGAACUCACACCAAUGAGUACUGUUGCAUUAAAACCACAAGGCAUUAAACCAGCAUCACAGGUUCUUGAAGAAAUAUGUCAAAAAAAUAAUUGGGGUCCAGCCAGUUUAUCAGCUCCAUUCUGCCAUUGGGUCAAGACCAGCGACAACUGUUUUCUCUAUAAGAUCACUAUUCCCCUCCUUGCAACCCAGAACCCAACAAUGUAA